AUCAGGAGAGUGAAGCGAGUGCUCUGGGAAACCCUCUGGAAAAGAAAAAAAAAAACAAACAUAAUCGAAACACGAUGCAGCACCUAUAUAUGAUAAGAUUAGGAUUGAUUUCCACGUUAUACGUCGUGUGCAGCGCAGAAGAAGUUAACGACAUCCCCAAUACCACGCUAUCACCAGAGGAAGAGAAAGACGCGACUCAAACCUACAUCUGGACUUUUGUGGCGAUAGGAUUACUUAUCUCCUGCUGUGUGUUCUCUGCCCUACUCUACCGGAAAUUCUUCGGCCCUUUCUUCAUCCAUCCGGUCGCCCCCCCGUCCCCGUACGGCAUGGCGCCCACGUUCUCGAGGUCGACUCCCGUUCUGGCGCCGCACGUUCCUUCCUGCCCCCACUCCCCCGCCCAGGCGCCCUUCGUGCCUGUGCAGAACGAGGGGUACCCGGGUCAGGCGCCGCCCGCCUGGGGAGCUCCUGCAGGUCUUGGCAGUCAUUAUCCCUACAGUCAGCAACCACAUUCAUUUUAGCGUUGGAAAAGGUCGUCGAAUGCAUCAUCAACAAUUUUUCCUCUUUUCAUGCACUCAAGUUUAAUUUUUUAAUGAUAUGCAGCUAUUUGUUUCGUUACUGCAACUAUGUCUGUUACUGAAACCACUACCAUUGUCACUAGCUAUGUUUUUGAAGCCAGUUUUAUUGUUUUGAGUUUUUGUAACUUUUUUGUGUGUGUAUUUAAGGUAUGGUACAUGUUUUACAAAUGUUACUAAUUUUUAAAGUAAGUGGUGGUUAUGUACUGAUAUUUUGUGAAGCACAGUGUGUAUUGUAUAUUUUUGGCAUUAAUAAAGUAUUUUCGCGAA